AUGCCACGAUCAUUGAGACGUUGUGCAGUGUCCGUGAGGCGCCGAGCGAAGGAAGCAGCGUUGAGGGAGGAGUGCAGUGUGAUGUCUUGGAAGGUGCGAAAGAGGGAGAGGAGGGAACGUAAGUCCUGGCGAUCAUAUUGGGAGGAGAGAGACUUCCAGAGGGAGGGGGAGGAUGGGGGGCGAAGGUCACGCUUGAGAGAGGAGGGAACGCAUGAGAAGAUGAUAGUUAGUGCACGGCGGUCAGCAAUGCGCCAUGCAGCUGUAUCGGAGUGGAUAGGGGCUUGGGGGGCAGGUUCGGUCGGGAGUGGUGGGGCGUCGGGGGGGGAGGAGCCUGGGAGUGGGGGCGGAGUGGGGGGGAGGCCAUUAGAGUCGGCGGGAGGUGCGCUGAGCGGCGCGAGGGGCACGGCUGAGCCGGCGGGAGGUGCGCUAAGUGGCGCAAGGGGCACGGCAGAGCCUGCGGGAGGUGCGCUGAGAGGCGCGAGGGGCACGGCUGAGCCGGCGGGAGGUGCGCUAAGUGGCGCAAGGGGCACGGCAGAGCCUGCGGGAGGUGCGCUGAGUGGCGCAAGGGGCACGGCAGAGCCGGCGGGAGGGCUCAGCGCGCUUGUGGUGGCCUUAGACCUGCUCAUCCGCGCCAAGGGCCCUCUGGGAAUCACAAAGGGCGUGAAGCGCGUCAUGCUGCUGACAGGUGGCGGCACGCCAUUGGAGGAGGCCAGCGAAGCCUCCAAUGAGGAGCAGGUGUGUGGAAAAGGGGGACAGAUAGAUGCAGGGGGUUUUGGCGGGGGGGGCUUCCCCACUUUCUCCUCUUUGUGUAACCUCGCCCCUCCCUCCCACCCAAACUGCCACCCUCCAGGCGGCAACGAUGGCUGGGAAGAUGCACGAAUAUGGCAUCGCUCUGCACGCUGUGCUGCUGAGACCACCACCUCCCCACCCCCCAACAUUCUCCUUCUCCAUCCCCAUCAUCCCCUCCCAUCAUCCCCCCCCCAUCACCCUCUUGUCUCUUGUCUCUCCCAGGCGGCAACGGUGGCUGGGAAGAUGCACGAAUAUGGCAUCGCUCUGCACGCUGUGCUGCUGAGCGGGAGGGUGGAAGGCGAGGAGGCAGAGGCAGGAGGAGCAGACGACGAUGGGGACCCAGGAGGAGAAAGGGCUGAGGCCAGGGAUGUUGCUUACGAGAACGAGAAGCUGCUGAGAAGGUUCUUUGAUGCGGGGGCUUGCAGGGUCCACGGGGGUCGAAGGGAAGAGCAGGAGAAAUUGAAGGAGGCAGAUGAUGGGGGAAGGUGCGGGAAACGGUGCAAACGGGAAGAGAAUGGGACAGGUGAUGCAAGGGCGGAGGGAGGAGGUGGGGCGGAUGAGGAGGAGGAGGAGGAGAAGGAGGAGGAAAAAGGCGUUGGGAGCGGUGGUGUGGUGUGUGGAGGGGAGCUGCGAGUGGUGGCGUCGCUGGCAGCAGCGGGCAUGCUGUACCGGGUGAAGCCGCGAGUGCUGCCCACCACAUCGUACCGAGGCGACUUGCUGGUGGCCCCUGGAUGCACCAUCAAGGUCUGGUCCUACAAGAAAACCUUCCCUCAGCGCCUCCCUCCCCUCAAGCUCCUCUCCCGCCUCGCCCCUCCCUCCGAUCCCUCCGCCACUGGAGAUGUGAAGAUGGAGAGAGAGUACCGAGUGGUGGAGAGCGGUGCAGAUGGGCACGGGGAGGGCGGAGGGGACGGGGGAGAUGGAGGAGGGGAAGGGGAGGAAGGGGGUGGGGCGGAGGGAGGAGGGGGAGCGGGGGAAGAGCUUGAGACAGUGGGGUUGGAUGAGCUUGUGAGGGCGUACAAGUAUGGGCCCCAGGUCAUCCCAGUGAGUGAGUAUGACCGCAUGGCAAACCGGCACUACUUUAUAAAGGACACGGCCAUUCUCCUCCCAGAGCCCAGCAACACCAAGGCCGCUCUCGCCCUCUCAGCCCUUGCACAGGCCAUGGAAUCUUCCGAAAAGGUGGCCAUCGUGCGGUUCAAGCUCACCAACCGAGCGGACUCGGGUGUUGCACUCGGUGUCCUGACGCCGUGGUGUAGAGGGAAGAGGGGAUUUACAGAGGAGGAAGAUGAAUCUGUGCCCGAUCUACUGCUCUUCAACACCAUCCCCUUCAGUGAAGACAUCCGGGAGUUUUUCUUCCCCUCCCUAGAAGCCACACCAGACGUGUUCCCAUCACCAUGCCCCCCGGAUCUACUGCUAUUCAACACCAUCCCCUUCAGCGAGGACAUCCGGGUGUCCCUUACGUUGUGUGUCACCUCCUCCCCCCCGCAACAUCUAACCUCAUCCCUCCCCCCUCUCUCCCGCCCUGUGUUCAUGUCACAUGACCAGCCCGACCUGCUGCUAUUCAACGCCAUCCCCUUCAGUGAGGACAUCCGGGAGUUCUCCUUCCCGUCGCUAGAAGCCGCGCCGCCCAAUCAGCAGCCGACAGCUGUCCAGAGCAGCGCAGCAGCAGCGCUGGUCCAGGCGAUGUCUCUAGUGCGGUGCAGUGAGGUGGGGGAGGAUGACGAGGAGUACAAUAAGGAGGAGGGGGUGGGGGAGGAUGAGAAGCUGAGACCAGACGACACACCCAGCCCGGCACUGCAGCACAGCACUAAUACGAUUUCAUUCAUUCCUGCAUUCCAAAUUCCCCAAUCCGUUUCCCCUCCCCGUCUUGCUGUUCACCCCUCCCACCCUCCCUCUCUCCCUCUCAUUCUCCCACCCUCCCACUCUCCCUCUCAUUCUCCCACCCUCCCACUCUCCCUCUCAUUCUCCCACCCUCCCACUCUCCCUCUCAUUCUCCCACCCUCCCUCUCUCAUUCUCCCACCCUCCCUCUCUCAUUCUCCCACCCUCUCCUUCCCCCCAAUCAUAGCACUUCCACGAUUCCAUUCAUGCUCCACUACUAUGAUUUCAUCUGUGCCGUGCCGUGCUCGGGUCCUCCACUCCAAGGCCCACAUAUCGCCUCUCCCUGCCUCUCUAGCUGUUUUGCCCUCCCACCCUCCCACACUACUACGAUUUCAUCCGAGCUCGAGUCCUGCACCCCAAGGCCUGCAUACCCCCUCUAUCUGCCUCUCGUGCUGUUCACCCCUGCCCACCCCUCCCACUCCCAAUCUUCCCCUCCCCCAUCGCAGCACUACUACGAUUUCAUCCGAGCUAGAGUCCUCCGCCCCAAGGCCCCCAUUCUGUUUUCCUUCCCUCUCUUGCUGUUCACCGCUCCCACCCUCCCACUCUCUGAAUAUCAUUCUCCCACCCUCCAAUCUCUCCCCCCCUCCUCAUUGCAGCACUACUACGAUUUCAUCCGAGCUCGAGUUCUCCGCCCCAAGGCCCCCAUACCGCCUCUCCCUGCUGCCCUCACUGCUCCCCUCUCCCACCCGCUCUCUGCCGACCAUCCUGCCGCCCGGUCCUUUGCUGCUGCCUUCCCUGCCCUUGGGGAUCACACUGCGCCUCUAUCUCAACAGCCUCUGCAGCUGUCCCAGGCAGAGCCUUCCCCAGACGAGCCUGCACCAGCUGCAGCUGCCCCAAGCAGACCGGAUUCUCCUGUCGCCAGGGACCAAAGCAGGGAGACGAGCGCCGGGCCUUCAGGUGUAACCAGUGCGGGGCACUGA